AUGACGCCCGAGGUUGAUCGACAGACGUUUUGGAACAAGACUUCGCGUGUCACGCGCCGGCCUGGCGAUGCUGAGAGCACAGUACAUACUAUGCUGUCGGAGUAUAAGGACUGGCUCAAUGACCAAUCUGAUAUCGCAAGGACGGCUUUUACAAGUCGUAUCGUAGAGGUGCAAGAUGCGCAGCAAGCAGUCGAUCAAGCCAGGACGCGCACACAGAUGUUGGACGCCGACACUCAUCUCGCGCUUUCAGAACUUCAAGAGUUGGUGGAGCGAGGUGCCGAUAGGGCGGCUAUGAGAAGUGUUUUAAAAAAUCUGAGAGGGGUGUCAGAGUCGUUCUCUGUGGCAGUAGAUAGGGAGCGGACAGCAUCGCGAAACCUGGAUCACCUGCAACGGGCGCAGGCUAUCACCUUGAAGAGCGGCUGGAGGAUGGUCAAAGAGGCUGACAACGCCAAGACGUUCGGGCCUAGUUAUGAUACUGCUUUGGAGAGUUGGUGCAAGUUUGCGAUAACGUGUGAUUGCGGACGUAAUCCUCAUGACCCGGACUGCUUGAAUGAGAACCCGACGUACUGGGACAAGUACAUGAUGAAGCACAGUAUGGAUGAUCGUGGCCAAGAGUCAGCAUUGUACGACACAAGAAUGUCUGCUGGGUCUUCUUCGUAUGGUGGCAGUCAGACAGGAGGGCGCGGGACGGAGCUGCCAACGCAGGGCCGAGCGCGAUCUUCAACAAGACGGUCGGGUUUGAGAGAAGCGCAGUAUCGAGAUCCGUACCAUUAUGGUAUCUGA